AAGUGCAGAGCGAGCGCGGGGCUGAGCACGGCUGCGGUCCUCACCCGCUGGCCCUGCAGCCCCGCCCCGGCGCCGGCGGCCUUCGCUGCGGAGCCCGCGACCGCAGUCUCCGCACCAUCUGAACCGCUCUCAGCUGCGUCCAGCCACACUGAGAGCUUUGCCGAGGAGGGACCUCCUGUUACCUGCUGGCUCACCGCACCUGGAACCUAGCAGGUGCUCCGGAGAAGCUGUGUCAGCGGGCCCAGCAACCAUGGCCCAUUACAAGGUCGAUCAGGACGACUGGCUGACCGUCUACUUGAAGUAUUUACUCGCUGUCUUUAACUUCUUUUUCUGGAUGGGGGGUGCCGCGGUCAUGGCCGUGGGCGUCUGGACCCUGGUGGAGAAGAGCGGCUACCUCGGCGUCCUGGCCUCCAGCACCUUUGCCGCGUCCGCCUACAUCCUCAUCUUCGCGGGCACGCUCGUCAUGGUGACCGGCUUCCUGGGCUUCAGUGCCGUCAUCCGCGAGGACAGGAGCUGCCUCUCCGCGUAUUUCUGCCUGUUGCUGGUGAUCUUCCUUGUUGAGCUGGUGGCGGGGGUCCUGGCCCACGUGUACUACCAGAGGCUGAGCGAGGAGCUGAGGCAGCACUUGACCCGGACCCUGGCCCAGAACUACAGGCAGCCCGGCGCUGCGGAGAUCACAGCCUCCGUAGACCGUCUACAGCAGGACGCCUCCCACAUAGGAAGUGUGCUGGGUCGCUGCCCUGGGGCCUCUCUCAGGAAGCCCGACACUCCACAGGCCACCGCGGUCCAGUUCAGGUGCUGCGGAAGCAACAGCUCGGCCGACUGGCAACACAGCACGUACAUCCUGUCUCCAGAGGCCGAGGGCCGCCGGGUGCCCGACAGCUGCUGCAAGACCGUGGUGGCGCGCUGUGGCCGGCGGGCACACCCCUCCAACAUCUACAAGGUGGAGGGAGGCUGCAUCACCAAGCUGGAGCAGUUCCUGGCCGACCACCUGCUGCUCAUGGGGGCGGUGGGCAUCGGGGUGGCCUGCCUGCAGCCAAGAAAACAUGAAGGAAAAUACCUGGGCCUUGGGGCCACCUUGAACUUGUCAGGCACAGAGACCUGGGAGGAGUGGUGUGGGCUCAGGUAUGUGCAUGCACUCUGUGUGUGCACGCGGGGGUGUGUGUGCACAGCCUGCUGUGGUCUGAGUGGGUCCAUGGGUGUGUCUGCAUGCACCUGGGUGUACGUGGUUGGGGCCGGAUGCACAUAUGUGUUUAGGCGGGCUGUGCAUAUGUGUAUAUUCUCAUGCAUGGACACGCGCUCAUUCCUUUGUGUGUGCGCGUGUGUGUGAUGCACGUGUGCGUGCCCCUGGAGGUAUGUACACCCAGCUCUGUGCUCUGAGGAUGAGCGAUGCCUUUUGCUCCGUUUCACCACUCCACACCCGUCCCCCGGCCACCACCCAGGAGUCUAGUUGCGGGCACAGCCUCCGUUCCUCAUUUGCAAAAAGGAGCUGAUGGGUGACUAGAGGGGAUGGGCAUCGUGCACAUACAUCACUCAGCUCAUCGCUGAGCAGACAGCAGACACUCAGAAAAUGGUACCCACCACCGUUUCAUCGUUUCUACGUGGGCACAGCGUCUCUCAAAAGAGCCGAGUUGUCUCCUGCCCCCCUCACCCGCACUCAGGUGCAGGCACAGCGAGCCGGGGGCGGCAGGUGGGGGGCACUCACACGGCCCUUUCGCACCGCCCAGGCAGGCCUUCCGCUCGGUGCGCUGACCCCCGGGGGGCCGCAAGCCGGAGCCGGGGGAGGGAUGCUCUGCACUGCGGCUCCUACUCUGCCGAGCUUCCCGGACACCUGUUGCCGACUUCAGGUGUUGGGGGCGUGCUCUGCGGACGCUGACCGGACCAGGGCCGCACUCUCCGUCCGUUUCCUCCUGACCUCUGUUCUCAAAAGUGUGAAGCUGAAGAUGAAGCAGUGAGGCCAAGGGCAGGGAGCGGGCUGACCGCUGAGCCUGAGGUCAGGGUGGGACAUGUCCAGCUGUAGGAGUAACGCUGAGGAGGCCGGGUCACCAGGUCGAGGGCAGGUGCCCGCAGUCCCCCGUUGAUCCCCACCAAGGGCGGUUCAUCCUCCACAGCGCCCUGCGGGACUGUGCUCAUGCCCGGGAGAGAGUGUCACCGGGCCACCGCUGGGUCCCCAUCCCUGGCCCAUUUCCUCCGUCCGUUCCGCUGCGGCGGCCGAGCCUCGGGGCUCCAGCGCCCCCUGCCGGCUGGCUCUGGAGCUACCAUCCAGCCUCGAGGAGGGGCUCAAACCAGGCCAGCCCCCCGGGCUGCCAUCCUCCACCAGGCACCUAGCACCUUCCCCACACCCGCCCAGCCUGGCGCUUCGGAGACCCCCCCCAGGCCCUGGAGAUACAAGGCCAAGAUGUCAUGCCCCCCUGUCCUCAGGAACAGGGGGAAGUCUUGCCUGGAGUCAGAGGGCCCCCGUGGUAGACGGAGCCCCCGCUUCUGUGUGACCUGGGGGAGCCACCCUCCCUCCUGAGCCUCAGUUUCUUUACCUGUGAAAUGGAGGCGUCUGAUGUCUGCAAGCCUGUUUUAAGCAGCAGCGACCUCUCAUCCCGGAAGUCUUGCACAGGAGCCGUUAUUCAACAUGAAGCCAGAGCUGAUCCGACGGAGGAGUCGGGAGAUGAGCCUGGCGUGAGAGCCCUCAGGAAGCAUUUGGCCCCCCACGAUCUUCCGACUUUCUGGGAAGGCUGCCGCCUCAGUGAGACGGAGGUGCUGCCGCUUCUUGGGACGUUAGGUAGAUGUCUCACGAAUACUCUGAAGACCAAGCAGGAAGCAACGACAAACGACGAACGUAGCAAACCUGAUUCCAGCCAGACGUCGCGUGUGCCUCCAGGGCGCAUGGACCAGGCAGGCACUGGUCUGCCUGCAGAGAUGCUGGCAGGCUGGAUGGCCAGGAUGCGAGAGAGGGACGGGCCUCCUGGAGCCUCUGAGGGCUGCACGUUGAGGUCACCUGGCAAGCUUUAAAACGCCCCGGGCCUGGGCUGCACCCCCAGAACAAUUAAAUAACGCCAUCUGGGGCUGGCAGCCGGGCAGCUGUGUGCUUGCAAAGCUCCCUGGUGGGUCCAGCUUGCAGCCAGGAGGAGAAACGUGAGAAGGAGCCCUGGGGGCCUGGAAGUCAGCAGUGGGAGGUAUCAGGAGCUGGGGGACAGGACUGCACCCUCUCGGUCCUUAACCCCCAAGACAGUCCUGAGGGCGGGGCAGGGGCCGGAGGACAGACAGAAACAGGAAGGGGAAUUUACAGGGAGCCCGACUGGAGAACUUUCAAAGAACUGGAGCCAGCCAGCAGCGUCCCUGAAGAGUGCAAAGCGCUCCUGGCUGUAGGUUGGGACAGCGGUUGGGGGCUGGUGGGGACACUGAAGGACAGAGGUCCCGCACCUGCCAGGCUGUGCACCUGUCGCUUUCAGCAAGAGCUGGCAGGACCCCUCCACCCUCCCGUCUUGUGUGACUCCAUACACUGGAUUUCCAGACCCGCAAGGUGCCCCAAAUCGUACGCUUGUAGUCCGGGAAAAACUCGAAGAUUCUCUAGGCGGGUGUGUCAACCCUGGACACGCAGUAGAAUCAGGUUUAAAAACUACCACUGCUCAGGCCCCAUCCCCACACAUCCUGACUGUUGGUCUGGGGUGAGACCUGCGCACUGGUGUUUUUUAAAUCCCUCCAGGUGAUUCACGUGUGUGCUCGGGGCUGAGAACACGGCCCCACCUAUUCACGUACAUCUGGGGCACCAGGCCAGGACCCAGCUGCACCCUCACGUCCCCUUCUGUGGGUGCGCUUUGGAGGCUGUCCACGCUGAGGUCACUUUGGAAGCUAAUUGUCAGCGUAUUCUGGCCAGGAAGCUUCUAUCUAAAAAGGACAUAGUGGCUCAGCCCCUUUUCCGACCAUCCUCUUCACACACAGAAUCCGGGAGCCUCCCUCUCAGGGGCAGGGUGGGCAGAGGAGGGGGAGGGCGAGCACUCUUUGUCAGCUUUGUAACGGGAACUGCUGUGUGCCAGGCGCCCUGCCCAGUGCCAGGCCACACCAGCCAGCAGCACGUGGUCCCCUCUCCUAGGGGCUCUCACUCAAGGGGAGGAGACACACAGAACACAGGAGCCACGCACAGUCACAGUGUGAGCCCUGGGGUUUGGGGAGCACAUAGGAGGCCUGAACCAUCAUGGGCAGUCAGGGAAGGCUUCCUGGAGGAAGUGAUAUAUAAUUAAGCCUUGAAGGAGUUUGACAGAAGCAGAAGGGGGAAGCAUGCCAGGGUGAGGGGACUACAUGUGCAAAGCCCUGGCUGGCUGGGGGGUGGGGGAGGUUUGUCCUGAGGGCCCUGGGGAGCCUCUCACAGGCUCAGGGUGCAGAAGGGGCUGGGUGCCGUGGUGUUGGUCUUAUACUGAGUUUCAAAGAAUCUCACUGGGAAGGCUCUGGACCUGUGAACGGUCUGGAUGUUUUCCUAUUGAUAGAGGGGAACUUGGGGCUCAGAGGUUAUGACUGAACCCAAGGUCACAGAGCCCCAGAUAGAAGCUAACCCACUCCCACCCUGACAUUCCCACAACGUAGGAUGGAAACCUGAGCCCAGAAACCUACAGGACAGCGAGAUUGGGGUCUGUAGGUCAUUUAAAGGGGAACUGAAAGAUCUUAUUGGAAAGGCUUCUUGGACCUCCCUGGCCCAUUCUUGAUGCUUGUAAUGACAGCCGGCUGCCGUCCCAAAAACCUCACAAGAGGCUAAAAGCAUGCCGGCCUCCGUGUUAAAAAGCCUGCACGCGGCAAACACUGCCUCCAGGCAGGCUGCCAGGAGACGGCACCUCUCACCCGUGCCCCACACAGGCUGAGCCCAGCAGCCUGUCCAGCCCACCCUCUGCCAUCUCCUGCUCCUGCAGCCCCCUUGGCCUGUGUGUUCCCUGCUCACAGCCGUCUGUGCUGAGUCCCCCAUGUCCUCUGUCAGGAACGGGACACUGGGGGGUCCCUCAGGGACUGGAUAGUUUGGGCCCGUUCCCCAUCUGCACGCAUCAGGGUGGUGUGUGUGCGCGUCCGUGCGUGCGUGCGUGUGUGAAUGUGUGUGCACAUCCUCGGCCCCUCUGCAUGCAUCAAAGUGGUGUGUGUGCACGUGUGUGUUUGUAUACACGUGUGUGUACAUGUGCCCACGUGUCGAUGAGCACAUCGUCUGCCCCUCUGCAUGCAUCAGGCUGGGGUGUGUGUGUGUGUGUGUGUGUUUGGACACGCGCUGACGUCCACCUCGCCGUGCCUUCCCCGGGGGCACCCUGGGGACACAUGUCAUGUACGGAGUGCGCGUGCUGGACGCUCAGCCCUCCGGGCCCUCCCCGGCGUGAGAGGUGUGCCGUAGGGGACGCAGCCACGCGUCUGUGCUGGUCCAGCUGCCCCCAUCUGUCCUCCCCCUGACAAGAUGAUCCCCCAGGACAAGUCAUCAAACCAUGAGGUGGGACAGGGCAGAGGGCCUGCACGCCACCUGGCUGGAAUGACUGUGACCGCCACCCACUUAAAGCCAGCGGGAGAUGAGAUAACCUCUUAAGCCACCUUUGAGCCCAUGGCUCUGAAUCCCAGAGGUGGAUUAGCGCUGCUCUUAGCACCAAGUCUGAAAGCUGAAAGCUGUGUUCCCAGGGGGUGAAACUCCCGCGGGGGGAC